CAAAAAAAGUGUUAUUAUUAUGAAUGACACGCUUUUAGAAAUUAUUAUUAUUAUUAUCCAAAAAAAAGAGAGAAAGUAUUGUUGUUUUGUGUUUGUAAAAGCUAAGGACAUCCGGAUAAUCCUUCCUUUUCUCUCUGUCUUUUUUUUCUUUUUUCCUCACAGCUUCCCACACAAUUCGAUAAAUUUUUGGUGUUUGGGGGACAGCAAAGGCCGCGACGGCUGGGCCAAUAUAGAGAAAAUCAGAAGGGAAAGUCGAGAAAAAAAGAGGAGAGAAAUGGCAUGUUUGUAUAUACUUUUCAACCGAGUUUUGUGCCCUUCUUUUGCCUUUCCUUUUAUAUUUUUUUUUCUUCAUGCUAGGCAAAAUUUUCUUUAUUUUUCCGUGUUGCUCUAG